UAUAAUUACUAAGUACACAUAACUUCACGUAUAUCUUGCACCGUGCUCUCUUUAUCAGAAUGAUAACAUCAUGCAGAGGCUGUAUUGCAGUUAAAUGCUGCUAGCAGUUAAUCCCGCAUAGAUAACGCUUAUUCGCUGAUUCACAUAACUCGCGUUUCAACUAUAGUAGUGACUUUUCAGGUGAUAGGACUUAAGUAUAGGGACUUCAUAUAGUUACAUAUAGGUAUAAUCGUAUAGCAUAGAAGAGCUUCAUUUUUGAUACAUCACGUUUGUGUUAUUGAUAAACUGAGAAAGUGACAAUUAAAAAAAAAAAAGUGCCUUUAAUCGGACCUUUGUCGCCAAAAAGUUGGAUAAAAAGAAGAGACUGUUUAAAGCAGACUUACUUGUGAAUCAUGUUCCGGAAUCAGUAUGACAGUGAUGUCACUGUUUGGAGUCCCCAAGGUCGUUUGCACCAGGUUGAAUAUGCCAUGGAAGCUGUUAAAUUGGGAUCAGCUACAGUCGGUCUUAAAAACAAAACACACGCGGUGAUUGUGGCCCUGAAGAGAGCAACAUCAGAACUAUCUUCUCAUCAGAAAAAAAUGUUUGUCAUUGACAAGCACAUUGGCAUGGCCAUGGCUGGCCUCACAGCUGAUGCCAGAAUGUUGAGCCGAUACAUGAGAACUGAAUGUUUGAACUAUAAAUAUGCUCAUGAUGAUCAUCUGCCAAUAAGCAGGCUUAUUACGCAAAUUGGGAACAAGAUGCAAACCUGCACGCAACGUUACGAUAGAAGACCUUAUGGUGUUGGACUUUUGGUUGGUGGAUACGAUGAUCAAGGGCCGCACAUCUAUCAAACUUGUCCAUCAGCAAAUUAUUUUGAUUGUAAGGCCAUGGCUAUUGGUGCCAGGUCGCAAAGUGCGAGAACGUACUUGGAGAAGCACCUCAAUGAUUUUCCUGAAUGCGAAUUGGAUGAGCUUGUCAAGCAUGGUUUGAGAGCUUUGCGUGAUACACUUCCUAAUGAAACAGAUUUGUCUCCAAAGAAUGUGUCAAUUGGAGUGGUUGGUAAAGGUACUGAGUUCUCAAUUUUGAAUGAGACUGUGACUCAAACCUACUUGUCAGGAAUCGAAGGUGAACGGAUUAGACCUACUGAGGGCGAAGUACAGCCUGUAAUACAGUCUGAUGAUAGACCUCCACAGGAUCCACCCUCUGAUCCAGGUCCAAGAGAUCCCUCAGUUGCCGUUGAUACGGAAGAGAGGCCAUCAGCCAUGGACACGGAGUAAAUCAAAGUAAAUCUCCCUCUAUUUCGCAACUAUGAACUAUGAUUUUUCAACUACGAUUAAAAUAAAAAUAAAAAUAAAUAUUCUGUCAUUAUUACCUGAUUUUUAAAAUUUUCUUUGCAUAAAUCAUAUUUAUACAGCUAAAGUAAUAAAUUAAUCAAUGAUCAUUAGCGCACAUGUAUUUCUGAGGUAAAUAGGUACUUUUUAUAAAAUUUGUACUUCACCUUUCAAUGGUGCUGUGUUACAUACGAUAUAAAAACAUUUACACAAAUAUGGAAAAAUA